AUGUUGAGCGUCGACGACGUAUCUGAUGACGAACUGAGUUGCAUUCUCGCGCCGCUUUCUUCACGGGGGUUCUACGAGACGAACGCUCAACGCAACGAGAACACGCGCCCUCUUCGUCGAUCAGCGAGACCCAGCAAAGCGAAGCCAGUACCCAAAGAUGAAGCCCCGAAGCAGUACAGGAAACGUACCUUAUCCAUGUCGGCAGCCCAAAACGACGCCAAGGGCACUGAAGUGACGGUGAAGAAGGCGAAACUGGAAGGACAGAAGGCUGCUACUGCAGCGUCUCACAUGAAACGCGAUGCUUGCGAAUCUGCGCGGAAAAUUUGGCUGCAUCACCACCAACACCUUUUCAUACCAUUGCUGCCCUCAUCAUCGUCAUUCAACACUCACUUUGGGCCAAGUGUGGACAAGCAUGCGUCAUUCACUCCCUUGCAUGAAUUUGAUCAGCAGCCUAGCCUAAUCCGAGGAGGUGUCAUGAAGGACUACCAACUCCUGGGGCUUUCGUUUCUUGCCUACAUGUAUCACAAUGGAAUGAACUGUAUUCUUGGGGACGAAAUGGGUCUCGGAAAGACUCUUCAAACACUCGCACUGUUCGCUUACAUCCGGGAAUCUUCGACAACGUCGCUUGAUCCACACUUAGUUAUCUGCCCCCUUUCCGUCCUCUCGUCUUGGGAGGCAGAAGCAGCUAGAUGGCUCCCUUCCAUGCGUACUCUGCGACUCCACGGCGCCGUUCCCGAACGCACGAGAAUCAAGGACUUGGUGAAAAACAAUCUAGAGAACUUCGACAUCUUGUUGACAACGUAUGAGACAUACGUAGCUGAGGAUAGUUGGUUCAAGAUGCGACGCUGGACAUACUGCGUUCUGGAUGAAGGACAUAAAAUCAAGAACACAGACACAAAUGUAGCGCAUAAGCUUCAGGGUCUUGGAAGCAUGUAUCGUCUGCUGAUCACGGGUACUCCCCUCCAGAACAAUCUUGCUGAGCUUUGGGCUCUACUCCAUUGGUUAUAUCCCCUCAUAUUUACCCCAGCAUCCGAACGACUCUUCCGGGACUCCUUCAAUCUCACGAAAGGCAGUUAUUCCAUGGACACCCUCAACGCUGCGAAGGCAUUGCUUGGAACUAUCAUGCUGCGCCGUACAAAGGCCACAGUGGAGAUGAGCGUCCCUCCUCGCGAAGAGCUUACCGUGUUCGUUCCGAUGACGGAGGCCCAACGAUUUUGGACGUAUAGACUCCUCACAAGAAUGGAUGCUCCAGACUUCAAGCAAGUAUUCGGUGGCGAGUAUGCGGAAGCUGUGAAACCGGAGGUGAAGGCGGAGGCGGACUCGAUCAGUGCGCAUAAUCACGGACGGAACGAAGUCAUUCAGCUACUCGUGAAUCAAAGUGCAUCCAAGCAGGGGGGUAAUAACAAAUGGACUAAGCUCAUGAACCUCCUCAUGCAGUUGCGCAAAGUCUGCGACCAUCCGUAUCUACUACCUGGAGCAGAACCGGAGCCUUAUUACCUCGGAGAGCACCUCAUAGCAUCGUCGUCGAAACUUAUGGUUAUUGACAAACUCCUUGCCGAUAUUCUACCAAAGGGUGAUCGUGUUCUUAUCUUUUCGCAAUGGACGGGGAUGCUCGAUUGCGUUGAGGAUUUCAUGGCCUUCCGAAAGAUUCCGUACGCGCGACUUGAUGGCUCAACUGCGAGGCCCCGCCGAACCCUAGACAUUAGAUUGUUCCAGCAAGAGGUUUCUCCUUACAAAGUAUUCCUCGUUUCGACAAAAGCUGGCGGCCUUGGUAUUAAUUUGACGAAGGCUACUCAUGUAAUCAUGUGUGACUCGGAUUGGAAUCCCCAGAAUGACCUCCAAGCAAUCGCUCGUGCACAUAGGAUAGGGCAAACGAAGACCGUCAAAGUCUACCGUCUCAUCUGUCGGGGCAGUGUUGAGGAUCAAAUGCUUGAUCGCCUACGCCGAAAAUUAUUUCUGUCUGUGAAAGUUAUGGGCUCUGACAACCCUUCUUCCUCAUCCUCCGGGCCCAGCCUUGGUUCAUCCGAGCUGAUUGAUAUUCUCCGCAAAGGGUCUAGUGUCCUUGCAUCUUCUUCUGGGGAAGAGGGCAUGGAUCUUGCCCGGUUCACAGCGGCUGAUAUUAACACCAUCCUCGAGUCAUCUCGAUCUUCGGAACAGCUGAGAGUGGUGAAGAUGAAGCAUGAGUUAUGUGAAGAAGCAGUGGAGGGCGACAGCGUGAAGAAGGAAGAGGAAGUGGAUGAAGAUCAGUUGCUAAAGAAUGCAGAAGAAGAGGAGCGUAGACUUCUAAGCGGUGUGGCUCAGGUCUCUGCUCGGUUAUUCGACGGUCGUGUCGUUCAGCGUCACGAUAACAAGGGUAUUGCGAAUGAGUGGCAGCAACUGCAGAAGCGGGCUCGGAAUGACAAAUCGGUGUGGAUUGGUGGCAUCCCAUUCCUCGUGCAACCAGCGGAAGAACAAUCGGUAUUUGCUCCUCCGGUGGUUAAGAAGCAUAAGAAGAAGAAGCAUGAAUCAGAGGAUUAUUGCAUUCACUGCCAUGACGGCGGUGACCUUGUGUGUUGCUCCGCUUGUCCUCGAGUAUUUCAUAGCGCAUGUGCAGGCCUUCGACCAAAAGACGUGAUAGGAGCAAUGCAAUGUGCUCAGCACGAAUGCGCGCAUUGCCAUCGUAAGGCGUCGAUGGCGGGCGGGAUGCUGUUUAGAUGCCGCACUUGCGCUGAUGCGUAUUGCGAAGAUUGCCUCCCGGAGGACGAGAUCCUCGCCAUUGGGGACACCUUGCCCGAGUUUGAAAUGCUGAACUGCUCAUCUUCAACUACCGCCUACUUCAUCCAGUGCCCCGAUUGUCAGACGUUCUUCAAGGAGAAGCCCGAAGAGUGGACUUGGUGGCAAGAGCAUUUUGCCAAAGCCGAACGGGAGCUCAAAUUACGCGAAUAG